AUGGCCGCAACGGCGUGCUCUACGGCGCUUCUGGGUGUAGCAGGAGCACGCCUCCCCGCCGGCGCGCCGCCAACCUUUCUUCUCCCACGGCGUCACUUCUCCCCUCGUCGCCUCCAAGGUGCGGACGAUGCGCCGCGGCUCUCUCUGCUCCGGGCGAAGGCCUCCUCCGGUGACACCUCUGCCGCGAGCGGCGACGAGCUCGUCGACGACCUGAAAGCCAAGUGGGACGCGGUCGAGAACAAGUCCACCGUGCUGACGUACGCCGGCGGCGCCAUCGUCGCCGUAUGGUUCUCCUCGGUCAUCGUCGGCGCCAUCAACUCUCUGCCUCUGCUUCCCAAGAUCAUGGAGCUUGUUGGGCUCGGCUACAGCGGAUGGUUCGUGUACCGCUACCUCCUCUUCAAGGAACGCAGGAAAGAGCUGGCCGACGACGUGGAGUCCUUGAAGAAGAGCAUUGCUGGUACAGAGGCAGAGUAA